GAUACAGUAUUUGCAACCAUGGCACUCGGAGAAACCACACGUACGAUGCCACUGCUGCACCUUGGGGCACGGUUAGUGCAGAAGUCUUUCAGCCUUCCCUUCGUGCCUUACACUACAACUAUGGCUGGGCCUGCGGUGAGAAAGCCGAGUUCGGAGAUCAGCUUUUCCAGAGUCAUUCCUGGAGCCACUUCUGCACCUUUGUGUCGCCCUGUGAUGGACAACUGCCCCCCGCCGCCUUAGUGCCUUGGUGCAUCGUCCCUUGCCGUGACAUCCGUGACGUUGCGAUGUGUAUCUUGAUCGGUGCCACUGGACCUGGGAUCACAGCCACUGGCGAGGUGGAUGGUCACGCACACGUGGGCACAGAGCUGGUCUACGCCACCGAUCGGGAGGACUUGGAGCCACCCUUUAAGGACGUGGACACCUAUGACGAGGUCUAUGCAGCCUAUGUGGACUUCUGCAAGCAGGAAUCUGCCUUCAUCUCUGUGGAUGACGACAUCACGGCCGAGACCUAUGCCGAUGGAAAGCCGAUCGUCUACUGGAUCCAGCUGCUUCGGUGUGCACCUCAACAUGUUCGUGCCGACUACCGAGUGGCCUCUGACACCAACAUUGGUGGUCUGGUCUCUGAGCUGAAAUCCAGAGGGGCCACCCGCUUUGUGGAUCUGCAGCGUGCCAACAAAAGGCACAUUGAAGAGGUUCAGUCCGAUGAAGAGGAGCUCUUUGAUGAUGAUGAUGAUGAUGGUGCUCCUGGACCACCUCGACAACGGCCGAGAUUGGACUUAUCUCCACACCUGGACUUUGUGGAGCGGCCUGACCUUGAUGUGUCUCCAACUCCAACUGCGCCUUUGGAUGACACAGUACCAGCCAUGGACUUGGAGGGCCUGGAUUUACCUGGAUUUACAAGGUGCCUCUACGGCCUCACCUUCCAACUGCUGAUGAAACUGAACCUAGUGAGGCUUACUUCUGCUGGUGAACCUCAUGAGAGCUAUUCUCAAGUGUUCAAUGUGGAGGACAUCCAAGGUGAUGAUCUACCUUCUGGAUGGCAUGUGGACUCUGAUGGUGCCUUCGUUUUGAAGGAUGUGUUGCAUGACUUUGGGGAAGUGCGCGUGCGUCAUGGUCGCAUCAAAUUCCUCUACGACCCCAACUAUGUGGCCGCAAAGAAGAAAUCCCUGGAGGAGAAGAAACAUGAACUUGAAUCUACGACGAAGAGCCGAAACACCAAGAAGAAACCGCAGUCAGAGCUGCGCAUGAUCAAGGAGGAGCUGGAAGCUUCUGAAGAUGUCGAGAUGAUUGAGAAUGACCUGGAGCCAACGAAUGCCCUGGUCUCUGACUUUGAACAGGUCCCUGCCGCGACCUACUUUGCACAGUCCGCAGACACCAUUGAGUAUGUGGACAUGGUACAGAAUGCCCUGGCGCCCCUGGCUUUUGACACCAUGGACGUCGUGGUGGCCUCUUUCCCGAGGAGAUUGGAAAUGGUUCUCCUGGGGCUGGCCAUUUUGGCCUUGUGCUGUGCUGGCAUCUAUGCCUGGAGACUUCGAGCUGGCCUGGGGCGACUCCAACGUCGAAUUGGCGACUUGGAAGUCGAAGUACAUCAAAGCAACCACCGUGCCAACGCUUUGGUGGUGAUGUACGAUGGCUUGCGAGAAGCUUUCGAUAGAAGAACCACAGCCUAUGACCGUGCCAGACGAGCCUUUGUGGAACAGCGUGCUGCAGCCCAAGAACUUCAAGGAGCUCUGGCGCUGGCCACACAAGACUUGGGUGCUGGAUACCAAGCUCAGGUGGAUCUGCGACAGCAUGUCCGUCGAUGCCCGCUUGGUGACGAGAUCCACAUCCAGGAUGGAAGCUCCGUAUGGCAUCGCGAUGAUGAGUGCGAUGAGCUGUACGAUAGUGGCCGUGAAAUUAGGAUUUUCCAGCCGUGCGCGAUUUGCGCUCAGCAGGAUUUCGUGGUGGAGCCGGGCCAAGCAACGCGUGGGAUCAAUUCACAAGGCUUAGCCUUCGUCUAUACACUGGCGUGGGAGCAAUCCUCUGGAAACAUGGAAGUGGAGAGCGUGCCAUUCUGCAAGCUUUGUGAAAGGAUGAUGAACGAUUGCAGCAGCGUGAAGGAUGCAUUGCAGUUGCUCGUGCUCCUGGCAGAUGCCUUUGGGGAUCUCGCGCAUGUAGAGGUGGGUCGCUUUGGUACAGCCGUCCAUCAGCGCUUUUCCGAAGAGAAACCAGGCUUGGCUAUUGCAGUGGACUGCUACCAAUCCCAAGAGCUCAAGCACUUCAAUGACCCAGCAGCAGAGCUUCAGGCGCAGGAGAACAACAAUGGGCGUCGUUUGGCGCGAGGCCGGCAGUUGGCAGCCGAGUUGCGAGGCAAAUUGGACGUGGUCACAUUCCGAGCGAUUCUGUCGGAUCACGGGAACAGGGAGAGGAAUCCCGAAGAGAACCCUCUCUUGAAGUGGUGGA